AUGAGAUGGAGUCUGGCAGAACUUUCUCACGUCAAACAUACAUGCGCAUCUCUGAUGUCCCUGUCGCAAGAAGCCGCCUCAUGGCUCUCGCCGCCAGCUGUGCAGCUCUCUCCUUCACCACAGCCUGGAGAUAAAGCUCCCUCUUGCCCAGAACUGCCCCUCCCAGCCGACAACAACAGACCCACCAUCGUCUCGUUCCUCAGGCACUGUGGAUGUCCUGUGGCGGAAGCAACUUUUCUCGAGUUGCGCACUGCCGCUGAGACUCACCCCCAGAUUAACUUUGUCGCAGUGUCGCAUAGCGACAAGCCAUCAACGGAGAAAUGGCUGGAGUCUAUUGGGGGAACCGGCGAUUCUAGCUCUAACCCCGUGACGGUCAUUGUCGAUGCUGAGCGCAAGAUCUAUGCGCAAUGGGGCCUAGGCGUGACUUCUUGGGGCCAUGUCCUAAGUCCAGCUGGACUUCUAGCUAUCGGGAAGUUGGGGUGGGAAAGGGGGAUCUGGAACAGGCCUACCGAGAGUGGUAGUCGAUGGCAGUUGAGUGGCAAUUGGGCGGUUGACGCCGAAGGAGGAGUGCGCUGGGGAGGACCUGUGAAGCGAGCUGAUGAGCUGAUAGAUAUUGAACAGGCAAUUUAUAGCAUCAAAGCUUGA